AUGCACCUAUUAAAUAUACAUCUACUGAUGCACCCAUUAAAUAUACAUCUACUGAUGCACCCAUUAAAUAUACAUCUACUGAUGCACCUAUUGAAUAUACAUCUACUGAUGCAGCCAUUCAAUAUACAUCUACUGAUGCAACCAUUAAAUAUAUAUCUACUGAGGCAACCAUUAAAUAUACAUCUACUGAUGCAGCCAUUAAAUAUACAUCUACUGAUGCACCUAUUAAAUAUACAUCUACUGAUGCACCCAUUAAAUAUACAUCUACUGAUGAAAUCAUUAAAUAUACAUCUACUGAUGCAACCAUUAAAUAUACACCUACUGAUGCACCCAUUAAAUAUACAUCUACUGAUGCACCUAUUAAAUAUACAUCUACUGAUGCACCCAUUAAAUAUACAUCUACUGAUGCAGCCAUUAAAUAUACAUCUACUGAUGCACCCAUUAAAUAAACAUCUACUGUUGCACCCAUUAAAUAUACAUCUACUGAUGCAAUCAUUAAAUAUACAUCUACUGAUGCACCCAUUAAAUAUACAUCUACUGAUGCACCCAUUAAAUAUACAUCUACUGAGGCAACCAUUAAAUAUACAUCUACUGAUGCACCCAUUAAAUAUGCACCUACUGAUGCACCCAUUAAAUAUACAUCUACUAAUACACCCAUUAAAUAUACAUCUACUGAGGCAACCAUUAAAUAUACAUCUACUGAUGCACCCAUUAAAUAUACAUCUACUGAUGCACCCAUUAAAUAUGCACCUACUGAUGCACCCAUUAAAUAUACAUCUACUGAUGCACCCAUUAAAUAUACAUCUACUGAUGCACCCAUUAAAUAUACAUCUACUGAUGCACCCAUUAAAUAUACAUCUACUGAUGCACCCAUUAAAUAUACAUCUACUGAUGCACCCAUUAAAUAUACAUCUACUGAUGCACCCAUUAAAUAUGCACCUACUGAUGCACCCAUUAAAUAGGCACCUACUGAUGCACCCAUUAAAUUUUCAUCUACUGAUGCACCCAUUAAAUAUGCACCUACUGAUGCACCCAUUAAAUAUACAUCUACUGAUGCACCUAUUUAAUAUACAUCUACUGAUACACCCACUCAAAAUACACCCACUAAAUAUUACUAUUAAUAUCAUUACUAUAAUUAUGUUUCUUCUUAUUCUUCUUUUUUCACCAUCAUCUUCUUUUACAUUUAUUUUUCUUUCUUUCUUUGUUUUACUUUUUUUUCUAUCUGUCUUUUCUUCUUUAUUUCUUUGUUUCUGUCUUUUUUUUCUGUCUUUCUUUCUUUCUUUCUUUCUUUCUUUCUUUCUUUCUUUCUUUCUUUCUUUCUUUCUUUCUUUCUUUCUUUCUUUCUUUCUUUCUUUCUUUCUUUCUUUCUUUCUUUCUUUCUUUCUUUCUUUCUUUCUUUUCUUUCUUUUCUUCUUUCUUUCUUUCUUUCUUUUUCUUUCUUUCUUUCUUUCUUUUCUUUCUUUCUUUCUUUCUUUCUUUCUUUCUUUCUUUUCUUCUUUCUUUCUUUCUUUCUUUCUCUCUCCUUUCUUUCUUUUUCUUCUUUUUCUUCUUGUUAUAAUAAAAAUUACCUAA